AUGAGACCUUAUUGUCUGCAGCGAGCAGCUCUGGCAGCGUUCGGCCAGGAGAUCACACACUUACAGAGCAGAGGACAAAUGGUCCUUCCAGCAUGGAUCCCUUUGAGAUGGACUGAAACUUCCAGCAUUAAAACAAGCCGGUUUAUACCGCAGGUUCUGAAACACGUGGGCAGGAACGCCAUGGUUACCCACGAUGUUUCAGUGGAAAUGGCGGGAAACCUGAUUGGCCAGCGGGACUUCCUAAACGUCAGAUAUUCGUCCAAGAGCGAGUCACGUGUUUAUUUCGGCGGAGCCGCAACGUGGAUGGAGUCUCUGCCGCCUCAGCCCGGGUUUGUCAGAGCUGAAGAUGGACCGACCUGCAUCAUCCUGCAGUCGCUUCAGGACCGUCCCGACCGAAGUCGCUUCAUCUGGCUGCUCAACAUGGACAUCAGGGGUUGGCUGCCGCAGUCACUAGUGAACAAGGCUCUUCCUCAAGCACAAGUGGACUUCACUAAACACCUGCGGCGCCGGCUGGCUACACAACACCCAGAAAACAAGAGCUGAUGAGAGACGCUUAUGUCAGACGUCAACACUAUAGGAACACAGCCAUGCAACAUACACCUCAGACGAACAGGAUGAAAGUCAUGUGGAAGAUA